AUGACCUUCUCCUCCUCAUCUAUUCUGAUUUUGGUCCAGAUUUUCAUCGGAAUCACUUUGAUUUCAAAGUGUUGUGCUCUUCCACCAAAAGGUUGUACAUCCUGCCUGAUGGUUCCAAUCGAAGAAUCCGAAAAGGCUGGAAUCUCCAGCACUAACAAAACUAGACAUACUGAAACCGGAUGCUUCGUUCAAACUGUUCAAUGCGCCUCAAAAGAAAAUGAUUCUGACACUUACAUUCAAUUCAACAAAGGUCGAAAAGGACUCUUCGCAGCCGUUCAACAAACGAUCCAACUGUUUUGUAACGAAGAAGGAAAAUGGGAAUUCCGUCACUCAAGACUGACAUUGACUGUCAAUUCAUUAACAUGCUUGUCCACUUGA